AUGCAUUCCGCUAGCAACGCCCACGCCGCCGCCGCCGCCAAAUCGUCCCAUCAUCGCAAGGCCUCCCACUCGAAUACCAGCUCCCUGUCGUCGACCUCCUCCUCCACUCUCAAGCGGGCCUCGUCGCUCAAGGCCUCGUCCUCCGCCAACCCCUCGCAUCUGCCCGCCGCGCCGCCGCUGGAUCCGCCCAUUGAAGACGAAUCGUCGCCCGACGCACACAAAAGGCUCAGGAAGCGCUCGUCCACACACCGCCGCCGCUCCACCGUCGCGCAUGCUGCGCAGGAGCAAGUGAGCAGUCCCAUCCGCGAGGGCGUUGGCAACCUGCACCGCUGGUCGCAGUCGUCCACCUCCAGCCUCUCCGCAACGAUCACCUACCAGGAACCGCUCGCCGGACACCCUGCGCCGGCCCUGCCGCUGCUGCCGGCGACAACCUUUGACCCGAGUUCGCCUUUGACCGCCGCGACCACCAACAUCUCGACCUCCGGCCUCUUCACGCCGCCUGCGACCCUGCCGUCGGGUCCCGACUACUUCAACCACAAGCCAUACGUGCCCACUGCGACCUCGCCGCGGACCAAGAAACAACCCCCGGCCAAGGGUUUUGCCAAGUCCGCCCUCGCCUCCCCUCCCGUCCUCGAGAGUGCGAGCGGCCGAGCGGCCAGAGCGCCGCACUCUGCCUCAGCCUCCGUAUCGUCUCGGUCCCGUGCCCCGUCUGUGGAACAACAGCAAAGGUCAGCAAGUGCGCUCGGAAAGGAGCGGCGUGCGCCCACGCGAGAGCGGGCAAGAAGUAGGACGAGGGACAGGAGCGUUAGCGGUACGACGACCGCGUCGGAGGACGAGGGCAGAAGGGCAUCGUCACGGAAUAAAGAUCGUGGGGAAAAGGACAAAAAGACAAUGCUGUCGCGAGCGCUGCAGAAGGCCAACACUGCCGUGUUGCUCGACAAUGCGCAGAAUUUCGAGGGGGCGAUGGAGGCAUACGGCGACGCGUGCCGGCUAUUGCAGCAAGUCAUGUUGCGGAGUUCUGGAGAAGACGACCGGAAGAAACUGGAAGCAAUUCGCGUAACCUAUACCAACCGCAUACAAGAACUGAAGAUGCUCGACCCUGCAUGGCAGUCGUCCGGAGGCAAGGCGUUGCCUUCACGACCCAUGAGCGACCAAUCGCUCGCGGAUACCCAAUCUUUCAUAGAUAAUGUGGUGGACGAUGAAGAGGAGGAACCUGUGGUCAUUGAGACCGCAACGAUCACGAGAAUCGUGAAUGACAAGUCAGUCGAGUCGACGAGGACGCAGACCUCCUUCCAAAAACGACCCGCGCGAGAAUCAGUCAUCAGCUCUGCGAUCCGCGACGUCGAGAGCUCAAUACCAAAGUCGUCGGAGCCAGAACCGCUCCUUUCUCCCCCACCGAUCAAGCCGGGCGGAAGUCUGCAGCAUUCGGACCAUCCCAGCCUCGACUCGCCGAUGGAGCGGAACUACCUGCCCCCUCCGUUGUCGCCCCGUCGUACUCGGACCCCCAGCGCCUCCGCAGAUCCUUUCGACGAGCCUGGCGUGCGCGAAGUCGUGGAGCAUAGAUCCGCCAGCCAGGCGAGCCAAGUCAGCCAACACCACCACCGUGCAGCCAGCAACGAGUCCAUAUCUUGGCUCGACACUAUCGACGAGUCGGGGGGUUCCUCGUGCUCCUCUUCGGUACACUCGUUGCAAAUGGGCUCGCUGCAGCGCAAGCACUUGCGCUACGCCAGCGGUGCCACAGAAGCCGAAUUCGACGCUGCUCUUGACGCGGCUGUCGAGGCCGCCUACGACGACAACCUGGAGCCGUACGAGGAAGAGGGCAUGGUGUCGCCGUACCGUAAGAACGUGGAGCUCGCGAGGGAACGUGUACGGGAGGCGGAGAGGGAAAUGGCCAUUGAAGCGGCGAAGAGACACGACCGCGAAUCGCGGAUGCGCGGGGACUCGCUGCCGCACGUUCGCGACGGCAGCUUGGACCUCGGAGGGCAGACUGAAGAGGCGGACGACGAAGAGCGCAUACUGGACGAGAUGACGAGGGACUACAUGUUGGACGACUUCGACUUUGGCCUCCAGUCCAAAUCGGCAUUGCCGCGCCAAUCGGACUCAAGCACCUUCUCUGGAAGCACCUGGCACAGCUCAAUGUCCUCCGCUCGCAACACGGCUGGAACCUCGCUCUCAACCGUCACGGAAUUGGACACCUCGCCCACGUCCACGGUCACUCCCAAGCCCCUGCCCGAACGCCCGACCAACACAUUGCCUCCCGUCUCGGAAUCCGAACCUCAGACCGAAGUUCCCAUCCCGCCCGCCCCCUCGCACAAAUCCACGGGUUCCGGAGGCGCUUCUAGCGUGAGGAGCAGGAGACUUUCCGGACAGAAUGCCAAACAGCUCAAGAUCGAAACUUCGCUGCCGGCGAACCAAGGGCCUCUGACGCAGCCGCCGUACACGUUGAAGGUCGACGAGACCCCGGCUUUGCCGAAAACGGCCAACCCAACCUUGCCAAACACGUCGUUGAAGAUGCCCUCGCAAUCCAAUUUGCAGGCCCCGUCACUGAAUUCGGCCGCUGUCAGCCCGGCAGACAGCAUGCCGUCAAUCUCACCGUCGACGUCCCUUACGCAGGCCAUGUCGAAUGAAAACAUUACGAGCGAUCCCUCGAGCCGCACUAAGACGAGCGGCCCUCCUCCGCCCCUGAAGAAGAACAAGUCCUCCUUGAGCUUACGGAACCGACAAAUGUCGGUCUCGAGUCCGGAUGGAUCCGACGUUUCUGUCGGCACGCCGCUCAGCACCACGUUUACGACCUUCAGCCAACGCAAGCCGAGCAACGCGCAGCUCGCACAGACCCCUGGUAUCCCGACCUUUACGCUCGAUGGCAUGAAUCUGCCGACGGGUGGCAUGCAUCUCUUCGAGGCCGACAUCCACUCGCCGUACAGCCCCGGAUCGCCCAAUCCUCUCGCCAUCAAUGCCCCCAUCCCUCUCGAGCCUUGCCCGGAAAGCUAUCUUCUCCGUCCUUUCUGGCUCAUGCGCUGCUUCUACCAAACUCUCGCGCACCCUCGUGGUGGAUAUCUCUCGACGAAGCUGUUCGUUCCACGCGACAUUUGGAACGUAAAGGGAGUCAAGAUCAAGUCGAUGGAGGAAAAGAUCUCGAAUAUCGACCUCCUCACCGCCGCUCUGCUCAAACUCGGCAGGGUUGACACGCUCGAUGCGGAUGCGACCCUCGAGGAAAUGCAAGCCCUCGAGCUCGUUUUGGACCAGGUCCAGUCCAACCUCAUCAAGAAGCUCGGUAGCGAAGUCGGCACCGGUGGCGUAAGCUCGAUGUUCAAGGAUGCACAGACGGUCGGCGUCACCUCUCCCGACGGCAGCACUGCCACCGAACUACCUUCGAGACUUGGUGGUACAAGCAAUCGUUAUCUCAACACCUGGAAGAAGCUGCGGUCGAAGAAUUCCGGUGUGAACCUGGCCAACCUCGCGUCGAACAAGGAGGUUUCCAAGGAUUCGCUGACGAUGAGCACUCUACCGAUGACGACCUUGCCAAACAUUCGCUUUGCAAAGCGUGAGGUUGCGCAAGUUGAAUUCAUCGGGCCGAACGCAAGCUACAUGGGAUCAUUGACGCGACUAUUUGACGCCGUCCAGGUGCUAGAUCAAAUAGCUCGCCAGGUCGAGGAUCCAGGGCUGAAGCACUCGUCUCCCACGCACGUCGGUCUAGAGCUGAGUACCCGCCACGCUGCCGAAUUCUUUGGCUUCUACAUCUGUCGGUUCGUCCUCAGCGACAUCGCCAUGAUGUUGGACAAGUUCAUCAAGCGCGGGAGCGAGUGGGUUCUGAUAUGA